AUGCAUCGACCAUCCAUGGCUCAUCGUGCGUCCAUUUCAAUGGUAGUCAUUGAUUACCCAUGGACAAAAACUAAAGAAGAUGUUGCUGCUUUUUAUAAUGUUGAAGAGACGAAAGGUCUCUCCGAAGAACGUGUUAAGCGUGAUCUUGAAAGAUACGGACCUAAUGAAUUACCAGCCGAAGAGGGUAAACCACUUUGGAAACUUAUCUUAGAACAAUUCGACGAUCUUCUAGUCAAAAUUUUACUUGCUGCUGCUUGUAUAUCAUUCGUCUUAGCUUUAUUCGAAGAACAUAAAGAAGAAGAUAGUCUUGUAGCAGCUUUUGUUGAGCCACUUGUUAUUCUUCUUAUUCUUAUUGCAAAUGCAACUGUCGGUGUAUGGCAGGAACGUAAUGCAGAAAGUGCUAUUGAAGCACUGAAAGAGUAUGAACCAGAAAUAGCUAAAGUUGUUCGACAAAAUCGACCAGGGCAAAUUCAACGAAUUAAAGCUCGUGAUCUUGUGCCUGGAGAUAUUGUUGAAGUAGCUGUUGGAGAUAAAGUUCCAGCUGAUAUUCGUAUAACAACGAUUUAUUCAACAACCAUACGCGUUGAUCAAUCUUUAUUAACUGGUGAGAGUGUUUCUGUUAUUAAACACACAGAUCCAGUACCUGAUCCACGUGUAGUCAAUCAAGAUAAAAAGAAUAUUCUUUUUUCUGGAACAAAUAUUGCAGCUGGCAAAUGUAAAGGUGUUGUCAUUGGAACAGGUUUAAACACUGAAAUCGGUAAAAUUCGAUCUGAAAUGGCUGAAACCGAAGUAGAAAAAACACCAUUACAACAAAAACUAGAUGAAUUCAGCGAGCAAUUAUCAAAAGUUAUUUCUGUCAUUUGCGUCGCUGUGUGGGCUAUUAAUAUCGGCCAUUUCAAUGAUCCCGUACAUGGUGGUUCGUGGCUUCGUGGUGCUAUCUACUAUUUUAAGAUUGCCGUCGCCCUUGCUGUUGCUGCCAUUCCUGAGGGUUUGCCAGCUGUUAUAACAACUUGCCUUGCAUUGGGAACACGUCGAAUGGCGAAAAAGAAUGCUAUUGUACGUUCAUUGCCAUCGGUCGAAACACUCGGUUGUACAUCAGUUAUUUGUUCGGAUAAAACAGGAACAUUGACAACCAAUCAAAUGUCUGUUUGUCGCAUGUUCAUAUUCAAUAAAGCUGAUGGACAUGAUAUAUCGGUUGAACAAUAUGAAAUCACUGGAUCAACUUAUGAGCCAAAAGGAGAUGUAAUGGUUAAUGGACAGAAAUUCAAUUGUUCUGAUCGUAGUGGAUUAGUUGAGUUAGCGGAAUGUGCAGCCCUAUGCAACGAUUCAGCAUUGGAUUACAAUGAAACCAAACGAAUUUUCGAAAAAGUUGGUGAAGCUACAGAAACAGCGUUGACUGUGCUUGUUGAGAAAAUGAAUGUUUUCAACACGGACAAAUCGCGUUUGUCACCACAAGAAAUGGCCAUGUCAUCGAAUACAAUUAUUCGUCAAAAAUAUCGUAAAGAAUUCACGUUGGAAUUUUCACGUGAUCGAAAGUCCAUGUCUUCAUAUGUGGUGACUGCUGGACGAGGAGCAAGUAAUAGUCAACAAUCAGCUAAAAUGUUUGUUAAAGGCGCACCAGAAUCAGUGGUCGAUCGUUGUACACAUAUUCGAAUUGGAACGCAGAAAGUUCCAAUGACACCACAAAUCAGACAAGAAAUUAUGAAAUUAGUUCAUCAAUAUGGAACAGGACGAGAUACUCUACGUUGUUUAGCGUUGGGUUGUAUUGAUAAUCCAAUGAAACGAGAAGAAAUGGAUUUAGAUGAUGCACGAAAAUUUAUUACUUAUGAAACCAAUAUUACAUUCGUUGGUGUUGUCGGUAUGUUGGAUCCACCACGUACAGAAGUUAUUGAUGCUAUUCAACGAUGUCGUGAUGCUGGUAUUCGUGUUAUUAUGAUUACUGGUGACAAUAAGAAUACAGCUGAAGCUAUUUGUCGACGAAUUGGUAUCUUUAAGGAGUCACAAGAUACUCGAGGUCUUGCCUUUAGUGGUCGUGAAUUCGACGAUCUUUCAGUUGAAGAACAAUCGGAAGCUUGUCGUCAUGCUAAAAUGUUUGCUCGCGUCGAUCCAGCACAUAAAUCGAAGAUUGUCGAAUAUUUACAAUCGCAUGGUGAAAUCACAGCUAUGACAGGCGAUGGUGUCAACGAUGCUCCGGCAUUGAAGAAAGCUGAAAUCGGCAUUGCUAUGGGUUCUGGUACAGCUGUAGCUAAAACAGCAGCUGAAAUGGUUUUAGCUGAUGAUAAUUUUUCUUCGAUUGUCUCUGCCGUCGAAGAAGGCCGUGCUAUCUAUAAUAAUAUGAAACAAUUUAUUCGGUAUUUAAUUUCAUCAAACAUUGGAGAGGUUGUUUGUAUCUUUUUAACUGCUGCUCUUGGUCUACCGGAAUCAUUGAUUCCUGUACAAUUGCUUUGGGUCAAUUUAGUUACUGAUGGUUUACCAGCAACAGCACUCGGCUUCAAUCCACCUGAUUUGGAUAUCAUGGAACGUCCACCACGUAAUCCAAAAGAAUCACUCAUUACACCAUGGCUUUUCUUUCGAUACAUGGCAAUUGGAACUUACGUCGGAGCAGGUACUGUUGGUGCCUCAUGCUGGUGGUACGUUUCGCAUCACGAUGGACCAUUACUGACAUGGACACAACUGAAACAUCAUUUUAAAUGCCGUGGGGGUGGUAAAGAAUGGGAAGAUAUUGAUUGCGAUGUCUUCGAUGAUCCUCAUCCCAUGACAAUGGCUUUAUCAGUAUUGGUUACUAUCGAAAUGUUAAAUUCAAUUAACAGUUUAUCUGAAAAUCAAUCUCUUCUUAAAAUGCCUCCAUGGUAUAAUAAAUAUCUUUUAUGUGCCAUUGGCUUGUCAAUGUCAUUACAUAUGAUGAUUCUCUAUGUGCCAAUGUUUAACACCGUAUUUCAAAUUUGUCCUUUGACAUUGGAAGAAUGGAUAGCUGUAUUAAAAAUAUCGUUUCCUGUAGUACUACUUGAUGAACUAUUAAAAUUUAUAGCACGUCAUUUUAUAGACAUAUCACCAAAAAAUAGUGAAAUAAAUGAAGUCGAAGGCAAAUAG